CAACCCACAUUGACUUGACAAGACCUCAUGCAGAUGCAUUUACUUUAUGAUCCUAAUUGUUGUAUAUAUAAUAAUCAUACCUAAAGCAUUAUCAUACUUAUAAUUUCGGUCAAAGGAAGAAAGAAGUGUUUGUUGGAGGAGCUAUAUAGCUAGUAUGAUGCAGCUCACAACUUCUCCAAUGGCUUCUUCAUUUCUGAUCCGUUUCAUUGUAUUAUUUGCUUUGUGCUACAAAACGAAGGGUUUGAUAAAGCUUCCACCAAAUGUUACAGUUCCAGCAGUGAUAGCAUUUGGAGAUUCAAUAGUUGAUUCAGGAAACAAUAACGACCUCAAAACUUUGGUCAAAUGCAAUUUCCCUCCUUAUGGCAAAGAUUUUCAAGGUGGUGUCCCAACUGGUCGUUUUUGCAAUGGAAAAAUCCCCUCAGAUAUACUUGCUGAACAAUUCGGUAUCAAGGGGUAUGUACCUGCAUAUUUGGAUCCAAAUCUCAAAUCCAGUGAUCUUCUUACAGGCGUAGGCUUUGCCUCCGGAGCUUCAGGAUAUGAUCCUUUGACACCACAAAUAGCGUCAGUAAUACCAUUAUCUGCUCAACUAGACAUGUUCAAAGAAUACAUUGGGAAGUUGAAAGGCAUUGUUGGUGAGGAAAGAACAAACUUCAUACUGGCCAAUAGUCUUUUUGUUGUUGUGGGAGGUAGUGACGACAUUGCCAACACCUAUUAUGUUGUUCAUGCCAGAUUGCAAUAUGACAUUCCUGCUUACACUGACCUUAUGUCCAACUCAGCCACUAAUUUUAUAAAGGAAAUAUAUAAACUUGGAGCUCGUAGAAUUGCUGUACUGGGUGCACCACCAAUUGGAUGUGUGCCAUCACAGAGAACUCUCGCAGGAGGGAUAGUAAGAGAGUGUGCAGAAAAGUAUAAUGAUGCAGCAAAGUUAUUCAACUCAAAACUCUCAAAGCAGCUUGAUUCUCUAAGUCAGAACUCACCCAAUAGCCGGAUAGUUUACAUUGAUGUUUACACUCCUCUACUUGAUAUCAUUGUCAACUACCAAAAAUAUGGCUUCAAAGUUGUGGACAGAGGUUGUUGUGGCACAGGGAAACUAGAGGUUGCAGUGUUAUGCAACCCUUUAGAUGCUACUUGUUCUGAUGCUUCAGAAUAUGUCUUUUGGGAUAGUUAUCAUCCUACAGAACGAGCAUAUAGAAAGCUCGUAGAUUCAGUCCUUGAAAGAUAUUUGAACAGAUUGAUAUGAGCUUCAUUGAUUUAAUUUGACUUCCAAGAUAGUUUAUCAUAUUUCUAUGGUGCAGCCAAAUUUGUAUUUUGAUGAGUUUAUUGAAUUGCUUACUUGAUUGCUUAAGUAUUUCUUUGGUGUGGGUGAUUGUUUAAGUUCUGUUACUUGGAGACUUCAUAUAUUCACAAAUAGGACGGACAUCCCUUGAUUUUUCUCUAUGAAAUGUAUCUUUCUAUUUGGCAA